AUGUUCGAUGGCUGGGUGCUGAAAGGGGAGAAGUUUCCGAGCAGCCUGGACCACCCUCUGCCCUCACACCAGCGCUACACGGACUUCUGCUCGUCCAGCGCCGCCGGCUCCGCCAUGCGCUCCUCUCAGAACGUGGCCAUGGUUUUCUUCCGGAUCCAGGGAGCCGACAGCGGCUUCACCCUCAACGUCAAGAAAGUGCACAACCCCUUCCCCUGUAACAUCAUGUCUCAGAGCCCCGAGGGCAGCUUCACCAUGGUGAUGCCACAUCAGCGCAGGAACUGCAGCUUCUCCAUCAUCUACCCUGUGGAGAUCCGAUUGACAGAGCUGAGCCUGGGGCAGGCCAAGAGCAAUGAGCUCAUCCCACAGAGGGUGUGGUCCGGGUGCUCCGGCUCCGGUGACUAUGUGGAGCUGUUGGGAGGAAACGGAGUGGACACGUCUCGUAUGUUCCCUGUGGCUGACCUCUGCUUCUCCCUCAGCGGACUGGCUCAGAUGAAGAUCGGCUGUGAUAACUCUGUGGUGCGGUUAGUUUCCAGUGGGAACUACGUGAACCGAGUCUCGUUUCAGUACCGGCUCCUGGACCGGGAGCAGAUGCCCAAAGCCUCGGAGAACAGCCUGGACAACUUCUGCUCAGUGGAGUGA